UUGAGUGGAGCAGCUCCUCACACCGGGAGCAAUCAGUCCUGCAGUGUUCAGGGGAUCAAUCAAGUGAACUCCUCCGCCCUGCAACCCCAGCCUGAAAUUCAGCCUCUACCACGGCUCUCCCCCUCUCUCCCAUCUUGCUACGCUGGUGAGCGGUGAUGGGAAAUGCUAAUGGCUGCUCGGUGAACAACAUGCAGUCGGUGGAGAUGCACAUCUGGUACAAGAAGUUCAUGAUGGAGUGUCCUUCAGGACAGCUGAUGCUGCACGAGUUCAAGCAGUUCUUUGGGCUCCGGGGGCUGGAGCCCAGCGCCAACGCCUACAUCGAGGAGAUGUUUUAUACCUUCGACAUGAACAAGGAUGGCUACAUAGACUUCAUGGAGUACGUGGCGGCUCUCAGCCUGGUCAUGCGGGGGAAGAUGGAGCACAAGUUGCGGUGGUAUUUCAAGCUGUAUGACGUGGAUGGCAAUGGCUGCAUCGAUCGGGAGGAGCUUUUUAACAUCAUACGGGCGAUCCUUGUAGUCCGCGGGAGUCAGGAGGAUGAGGAAUCUGUGGAAGAAUUCACCAACCGAGUGUUUGACAGGAUUGACAUCAAUGGAGACGGGGAGCUGUCACUGAUGGAGUUUAUUAAAGGGGCACAAGAAGACAAGGACUUCACAGAGGUGGUGAUGAAGAGCCUGGAUCUAUCGCACAUCACACAUGUAAUCCAGAGCCGCAGGAACAGCACUUAGAGUCCAUCGACACACCUGGACCAUUCUGCCCUGCCAAGACUUCUUUGAACUUCAUUGAGUCCUUCAAUGUAAAAACUGUGAUCAAUCUCACAAGAUGAAAAACAAUUUGAGCGAUUUCUGGAUUCUGGCAAGCACAGGGCCAAUGUGGCUGGAGAAUACUAGCAGGUCAAAAACAUGACCACCACAAAAAACAUGCAUGUAUGGGCUGGUUUCCUGAAGAAUCAAUCAAUUAAGUCACUCCAUCCUUUUGUUCCUCCAAAACAAAACCCUCCUUAGUCAAAACCAAUUGAACAUGACAGAGGAGGCCAAUCCAAUGGUCAUGAAAUCAAAUUCCCUGCUUCCUGUGUGGGUAGGCAAUGGAACCAACACAACCAUCUGAUAUUCAGCAGUUCAUCAAUGCUCAACAGUUGGUAACUCAAUUUGGAUAGACAAUUUUUCCCAUUAAAGUAACUGAAUUUUUUUAAAAUAACCUUAAAUUAUUACAAUGGGAUGUAUC